AUGGAAUACAGGAAAAUUUCCAAGUCGGAUCCUUACUCUGCCUACACCGAUAAGUCAUCAUCGGAAGAUCUCUCUCAUCCCUCUCAGCGACUUCUCGAUAAUGAAGAAGAUGCAAACCUGAACCUUGAAUGUCGGGUCCCCUUCUACAGACGGCGAAGCUUCAUUCGUGCGACUAUUGCUCACUCUCUGAUAUUUCUAACUUACACUAUUGGAUUUAUCGGUCUAAUUACUUGGUUUGGACAACAACCGUGUCCACCGACACUUACAUAUACACCCAUUCAAGGCUCUGUGAAAUGGGCAAAGACUUGGUAUGACGGCAGUCUGGGUAAACAAGACAAAUACAUAGGAGAUCCUCGUCCUGAACUUGAGGUGGCAUGGCAUGAGUUGGUAUCGAAUAACAACCUCAGAUUCACCAAAUCUGAAAUCGAAAAGUUAGGAAAGGAUGCUAUUGAGCUUGCGGAUGGCUCUGGCUAUUUUGGACAGGUGAUGGUCUAUCACCAUCUCCAUUGCUUAAAAUCUGUACGGCAGGCUUUGUACCCCAAUGCCUAUGAAAAAACAUCGAAGGAGCAUCUUGAUCACUGUAUCGAUGAUAUUCGCCAAGCAUUGAUGUGCAACCCCGAUAUCUCAGCCAGCACCUUCUUUUGGGAGGAUGGUCUUCGGCGCCCUCAGCCAGAUUUCACAUUGUAUAAAACCUGCGUCGACUGGGACCACUUUAAUAAAUGGGCAACUAAACGAAUGUUUUCAAUGUACGACCAGAAAUCAUUAAUCAACUCUAAGUUCGGUGAGUAUUCAAGCACAUCUUAG